AUUCAGUUGUCCAUUACAAGUGAUGAAGACAUGAUUGCAGUAAUAGUUGCGCUGUUGGUUGUUAUUUACUCGGUCAUAAUACCAUUAACAAAAUGGUACCGAAAACGGGCGGCUCUUGUCCAAGUGAUUGAUAAAAUACCUGGGCCCAAGGCUUAUCCUUUGAUUGGCACAACUUACGAAUUUUUUGGAGUAGAUAGGAAGGAUCUGUUUAAAGUGUUUAAAGAUGUAGUCAAAAUCGAUCCGUACAUUGCCAGAUCUUGGAUGGGACUAAUACCAGAAGUAACGUUAAUGAAGGCAGAAUAUGCAGAGGCUGUGAUUAAUUCGCGAAAGAAUUUAGAUAAACCGUUCUCUUACAAUUAUAUUAAACUUUGGUUAGGUGAGGGAUUACUGACCAGCACCGGCGAUAAGUGGCACAAACACCGCAAAAUCAUAACGCCAACUUUCCACUUCAGCAUUUUGGAAAGCUUUUGUGAAGUAUUUGCGGAGAAAUCCAAGAUUUUGGUGGAACGGUUGAGCCAUCACGCUGACACUGACGCUCCGAUUAACAUUCACACGUUUGUGACACGAGCGGCUCUGGAUAUAAUUAGUGAGUCUGCGAUGGGAAUAGAAAUUGAUUGCCAGACACAACAUCAAAAUGAAUAUGUGGAUGCUGUCUACGAAAUCAGCGAAUUGAUCAUGCAUCGUAUUCUGCGCCCAUAUCUAGCACCUGAUAUAAUAUACCGGAAUACGACCAGUGGAAAGAAAUUUAAGAAAUGUUUGGACAUCCUACACAAUUUUACAAAGGACGUGAUAUUGAACAGAAAGGCAGCUAGAGAGGAAAAUAAACGGAAGGGAGUUGCACCCAAGAAAAGACAGGCGUUCCUAGAUUUGCUUCUCGACGCCAAUGAAAAUCAAAAUUUGUUGACCGAUGAUGAUAUUCGUGAAGAGGUUGACACGUUCAUGUUUGAAGGUCACGACACCACUGCAGCAGGAAUUUCGUGGACACUCUACGUACUCGGUCUACAUCCGGACAUACAGCAAGCGGUCUUCGACGAACUGGAUCACAUUUUUAAGGGAUCGGACCGACCAGCUACGCUCGAUGACUUAAGCGAAAUGAAAUAUUUGGAACGCGUCAUCAAAGAAACUUUGAGACUUUACCCAUCGGUACCAUUCGUUGGUAGGAUAUUAAGCGAAGACGUCCAGUUGGAUCAAUAUACAUUACCCAAAGGAACCAUGGUCACAAUUGCCAUUUAUUUCCUACAUCGUGAUCCAAGAUUCUUCCCUGAUCCAGAGAAAUUCGAUCCGGAUAGAUUUCUACCGGAGAACACCGUAUCGCGACAUCCAUACGCUUAUCUGCCGUUCUCAGCUGGUCCGAGAAACUGUGUCGGUCAGAAGUUUGCAAUGUUUGAAGAGAAAUCCGUGCUCAGUUCGAUCAUCAGGAAUUACAAAAUAAUUUCCGUUGAGACAACUGAUGAGAUCGACUUAAUGGCCGAAUUGAUUUUGCGAACGCAUAACGGAAUCAAUGUGAAAUUGGAACGACGACAUGUUUAAUCUCGAAUCGGGAAUCGAAACGUCUGCACAAAAUGUUUAAAAACAAAAACAAGCUGAAGAUAUAGUAGAUAGGCUGAUUAAGGAAUCGUGAUUCAC